UUCGUACGUAUGCAAAACCAAACAAUUUGCGAUAUUUUAAACGAACCAGUCAACUAUGACCCGCGUGACGUUUGACGGGUAGUGUAUAUAAAAAUACAAAAUUUGUAGAAAACGGAUUCAUUAUUCUUUCGAUUAAGAGACACUGUCGUAAAGGCAUGCGGUUUUGUAUACUUGUCAUAGCCCUAUGUGGCAUAUACGCCACAGUUGAAUGCUUACCAAAGGCUGUAUAUGACAGCAAAAGCGAUGGGAAUCAUCUAGAUCUAAUCAGGGAGAUUGAAGACGCUUUGGAAGAGAGCAAGAGACACAAUCGUCCCGCUAACAUCCACUCAAAUCAUGGCUCAGCCACAAGGGUAAACAGUAAGCAAUCGAAAGCCAUUCAACAAGACACGAAUGAUCCCCCAUAUGCCAACGUCGAGAAGAGCUAUAUUGAAGUAGCAAGAAAAGUUGCGGAUGCGUUCAUGGAAGAUAGAAAGACCAAGAGCCAAGGUUCUCAUUUUGAAGGCCCCGGUACAGCUAGAGAGGCACUGCGUAGCUUUAAUCGGCCGAGCUCAAAAAUAAGAAAGCUUAUAGAACAACAAGAAAAGAGAAAUGCGGAGCUUGAAACCUUACUUUUGUUGGCCACUGGAGAAAAUCAAGAUCUUCUUAGAGAAGUAGACGUAGAUCUUACUGCAAGAAAUGCGCAAGCCGAUCCGUCUUGUGACAUAGCAGUUGACUGCAGCGCCAUAACAAACAGAACUUUCGUUGACACCAUUGAGUUUAGGAAUAUUGAUGGAAUUUGCAACAAUCAAAAUAAUUAUACUUGGGGAAUGACUUACGUUCAACACCGACGAUUGUUAGAUGAUACUUAUAAUGACGAUAAAUGGCAUUUACGUCAAUUUAGCGUUACAAGUACGAGAAGACCACGUAAUGACGUACGUUUACCGUCUGCACGUCACAUCAGCAAUAUCGUCCACAGCAGUACGACUCAACCAAAGCCGGACAACGACGAUAACAUUUCCCUGGCUUUAUUCUAUUUUAUGCAGUUUAUAGAUCACGAUUUGGCAAAAACUCCUGAAGGUGAAGUAGGAAACAACAGAAUUUGCUGUGACGAAGACGUUGACAGACCAGGCGGUUUCUGCCUUCCAAUAAAAGCCGAGGUUGAAGAGAGUCAUUUUGCAUCGGAUUAUUGUAUGGAUGCGAGAAGGAGUUUUACCUUAUUCCGUUGUAACGAUGCCACACUGUUCCAGAAUCAGAUAAAUGCAGUAACGUCAUAUCUUGACGCCAGCAUGGUAUAUGGAUCCACCUUAGAAGAGGAGGAAAGUUUAAGAACGUGGACAGGAGGAUGGUUAUUAGAGAGCAGUAAUAGAUUCCUUCCAAAUGCGUCAGAUGCGUCUGAUCUACCGUGUAAUGUAACAGACCCGGACUAUAGAUAUUGUUACAAAACAGGUGACACAAGAGCAAACGUUCAUCCAGGACUGACGAGUUAUCAUACAAUAUUUGUCCGGGAGCAUAACCGUAUUGCCACACUUCUUGCUGAAAUAAGACCCGCAUGGACUGAUGAGAGAAUUUACCAGGAGACGAGGAAAAUAAUAGGAGCACUUAUACAACGUAUUGUUUAUAACGAGAUGUUACCAGUACUUUUCCGUCAAUCAGAGUUAGAUUUGUAUGGCGUUUCCAGUACUUACUCAUACGAUUCUUCCAUCGAUUCAUCCAUGACACAGGCGUUUUCAAUGGCAUAUAGAUAUCACAAUCUGAUGCCUGCAAAGUUGCAUUUGGCUGAAGAAUUGAGCUCUGAGGAGACACCAGUAGCAAAUUUUGAAGAGGUUAACCAAGAGAACGUGUUUCAGAGACCACAUUAUCUUAUCAAGGACCAUUAUAAAGGAAUCGACGAACUUGCUCUUGGAUUUGUAAAAAGUGAAUGCCCAUAUGUUAGUAGAAUAAUGAAUGAUGCUUCCCGAAAUCUUCUAUUUUUGGAUGAAAACGGAGACUCGUUCGAUCUUGCUUCGUUGAACAUCAUGCGCGGUAGGGAAUGGGGCAUGCCAACAUAUACGUCUUACCGCGAGUAUUGCGGACUGGGAGCGGCAACGGCAUGGAGUGAUCUCUUAAGUACAACCGAACAAGAGGACAUAGAUAAGAUGUCAUCAGUGUAUGCCGAUGUACGUGACGUGGAUCCGUGGACAGGAUUUGUAACAGAAAAGAAGCUAACUGGCUCCAUUUCGGGCCCGACGCAGACCUGUCUUGUAGCCAAACACUUUGCCAAUUUAAAGCACGGGGACAGGUUCUGGUAUGAAAAUGCUGAAUUCGGUUUCACUGGUGACAAGUUAGCACAAAUACAGACCAAAACUUUGGCUAGAAUCCUCUGUGACAACCUUGGCGUUACAAAGAUGAGGUCAGAGGUGUUCCGGACGAAUUCUGAUUGGAAAAGCUGUGAUGAGAUACGUACGGCGACUGGCGGAGAUUGGGACUUAAGCGGUUGGUAGUCGGAAUGGCAAGUUUUCAUCAACUGAAAUCAUGCUUAAAAUUGCAGUUGAAAGACAACAAAAUUAUGAUGUUUUAUUCGAAACAAAUAAUUAAGAAUAAAACUGAUAUUUCAGCAUGAAACUAAAAUUUUAGCAAUGAAACGUUAUUCUAGCACGAAACUGGUAUGUUUUAUCAUGAAACUGAUAUUUUAGUCUGAAACUGGUAUCUUUUUUUAAAAACCAGAUGUUUUCAAUUUCAGAUAUAAUUUUAUAUCUUCCAUUCACAUAUUUUAUCUAUUAAUAUUGAUUACAUAUAUUUUGUGAAAUUUUCUAUUCACUAUGCACACAUGAUUGUUUUAAAAUAAACAUCAUUUCAAAGUGUUAUUGAAAUGGGUUUUUUUUCACUCUUGUAGUUGUACAUUCCUAUUUUAUUCCUACGUUUACUCAGUAAAUAUAUAAUUAUA